ACAGACACUUUUAUCAUUUUUCAAGAUGCCGAGGAAAAUUGAUGCAUCUACUUUGGAUGAAGUUGGGAUAGAGGUGGACGGGGACUUGACUGACAGUGAUGGUGAAAGGCAGGCAGCCGGCAGAGGAGGCGCAAGGGCAAGAGGACGGGGUAAAAAACCAGCCAGCGAUGAUGACGAUGAGGAGGAGGAGGACGAAGAUGACGCUCCCAAGAGACGCAGGGGAGCAAACAAUAAAAAGCCAACUAAAAAACGUGGCGGUGGGGAUGAUGAUGAUGACAGUGAGGAUGAAGCUCCGAAGAAGAAACGAGGAGGAGCGGCCAAUAAGAAGCGAGGAGGAAAAGGAAAAGCCCAGGACAGUGAUGAGGAGGACAGUGACGCGGGGAAGGGAAAGAGGGGAAAGAAAGGAGGAGGAAAGAAAGGAGGGAAGGAGGAGGAGGACAACAAGGGGAAAGACAAGGACAAUGACAAGGACAAGAAAAAGAAGAAGAAGAAGGAUGACAGUUCCUCUGAUUCAAACACGAACUCUGACGAAGAGGAGGAGUCUCUGUCAGAGGGUGAGAUGGCCGCUCUGAUGGAGGAGGUGGAGGAGAAGAAGAAACUGAUUGCCACCAUCAGAAACAAGCCAUGGAGGAUGAAGAGGAGGCUCUUCCACUUAAAAGAGGCUCAGCAGUUUGUGGAUAAGUUUGAAGGAGCUCUGGGCAAAGGAAAAGGCAGGAAGUGGUACGCUUACAAAGUGAUGAUGACAAAGAAAUGGAUCAAGUUCCAGAGGGAUUUUGAAAACUUCAGAACGGCCUGCAUCCCCUGGGAGAGGAAGAUCAAAGAGGUUGAAAGUCACUUUGGAUCAUCUGUGGCGUCUUACUUUAUCUUUCUGCGCUGGAUGUACGGCAUGAACCUGGUCCUGUUUGGUUUCACCUUUGGACUCGUGGUUAUGCCUGAGGUUCUGAUGGGUCUUCCAUACGGGUCGAUUCCCAGGAAGACCGUACCCAGAGCAGAACAGGACACGGCUCAGGACUACUCUGUGCUCAUGGACUUCAAUGGCUACUGCAAAUAUUCCGUCCUUUUCUACGGAUAUUACAACAACCAGAGGACCAUCGGCCUGCUGCAGUUCAGGCUGCCUCUGUCCUACCUCAUGGUCGGGAUCGGCUCCUUUGGCUACAGCCUGAUGGUGGUUAUUCGCACAAUGGCCAAGAACGCUGAUGUGGGCGGUGGAGACGGAGAGGAGGGAGAGUUCACAUUUGCCUGGAAGAUGUUCACCAGCUGGGAUUACCUCAUAGGAAACGCAGAGACUGCCGACAACAAGUACGCCUCCAUCACCACCAGCUUCAAGGAGUCCAUCGUGGACGAGCAGGAGAACCAGAAGGAUGAAAACAUCCACCUGCGGAGGUUCCUACGAGUCCUGGCUAACGUCCUCAUCACCUGCAGCCUCGGCGGCAGUGGAUACCUCAUCUACUUUGUGGUGAAGAGGUCUCAAGAAUUCGCCAACAGGGACGACCUCAGCUGGUACGAGAAGAACGAGCUGGAGCUCAUCAUGUCUCUGCUGGGUCUGGUGUGUCCUCCUCUGUUUGAGACCUUCGCUGAGCUGGAGGACUACCAUCCUCGAAUCGCCCUCAAGUGGCAGCUCGGGCGCAUCUUCGCCCUCUUCCUGGGAAACCUGUACACCUUCCUGUUCGCCCUGUUUGACGAGGUUAAUACAAAGCUGGAGGAAGAACAGUCCAUUAAGAACGCCUCCAUCUGGGCCAUGAAGGAAUAUUACGCCAACUUCACGGUUAUGAUCAACGACACAUUGGUAACCCCGCCGCCCAUGCCCCCCGCUGACGUCAUCAGAGGACCAUGCUGGGAGACUGCUGUUGGCAUAGAGUUUGUGAAGCUGACGGUGUCGGACAUACAGGUCACCUACCUGACCAUCCUCAUCGGUGACUUUGCCCGAGCGGUCAUCGUUCGCUUCCUCAACUACUGCUGGUGUUGGGACCUGGAGGCUGGAUUUCCGUCGUAUGGAGAGUUUGACAUCAGUGGAAAUGUACUUGGAUUGGUCUUCAAUCAAGGGAUGAUCUGGAUGGGUGCAUUUUACGCUCCGGGUCUGGUCGGCAUCAACCUGCUCCGCCUCCUCAGCUCCAUGUACUAUCAGUGCUGGGCUGUCAUGGCCACAAACGUCCCCCACGAGAGAGUCUUCAAGGCCUCCAAGUCCAACAACUUCUACAUGGGUCUGCUGCUCCUCAUCCUCUUCCUCAGUCUCUUACCUGUGGUCUAUACCAUCAUGACGCUGCCGCCUUCGUUCGACUGCGGACCCUUCAGUGGGAAGGUAAAGAUGUUUGAUGUGAUCAUGGAGACGAUCGAUCUGGACCUGCCGGCUUUCCUGGGGACGCUGUUCAGCUACGCAGCCAACCCGGGCCUCAUCAUACCGGCUGUGCUGCUCAUGGUACUUGCCAUCUACUAUCUGAACUCCGUGUCUGAGGCCUACAAGAACUCCAACACGGAGCUGAAGAAGAAGAUGCAGAUGGCUCGAGACGAAGAGAAAAACCGCAGGAACAACACAGACAGCACCAACCAGGUCAUGAAAGACCUGGAGGACCUGCUGCCGAACCGGUCUCUGGCGCCUCCUGCUCCCCCUGAGCCUGUAAAGAAACCAGAGCCAGAAGCAAAGCCAACAAAAACCAAGCCGGGAUCAGCAGGUAAAGGUGUGAACCUGCAGAAAGAUGUGGCUCUGGCAUCCCCCAACCCCAACGCUCGAGGACCCGUGAGGCAGCCCCCCGGCCCUAGAGGACCUGGACCUGGUCCUGGAGCUGGACCGGGACGAGGCCGUGGGAGAGGGCCCCCUCCGAGAUAACAGAGUGAGAAAUCUCCAUUCAUUUCACAGCAGGUGAAUUAAAUUAUAUAUUAAAAUAAAUGUCCUCUUAUUUACUGAAAUCAUAAAGUACUGAAAGUCCCCUGAAGUCAGUUUUUGUAAUUGAAAGAUGUAUGAAUUGUAACUUACUGUUUGGCAACACGGUGCAGUGAAAAUAAGACAGAUGUGCUUUUUUUUUUUGUUUUCUUCUUACAUUUACUUUGUAAUUCACGGUAUGAUUCUGACUUUGCAAUAAAGUUUAUAACACAU